AUGAGGGUUAUCAUCGUUGGUGGCGGCAUCGGCGGCCUUACCAUGGCAAAUGCAUUGGAAAAAGCAGGCAUUGAUUUCGUCAUGUUGGAGGCUCGAGCUCGGUUCGACCCUCAGGUUGGCGCAUCAAUCGGUUUAGGUCCAGGUGCAAUGCGCAUCUUCGAUCAAAUAGGCGCCGCAGAUGCGAUCCUCGACCACACAGCACCUGUCCAAGUUUCAAAGGUUCAUCGCAGAGAUGGGAAGUUGAUUAUGCCUCCUUCGCCAGCAUUUCAGCUCGUACAGGCACGAUUUGGAUAUGGCGUUAGAUUCCUGGAGCGACAAUUGGUAUUGCGUGCUUUAGCAAAUUGUAUUUCUCAAACAGCGAAUAUGCUGCUUAGCAAGGUUGUUCAGCGGAUUGAUCAUUCCGAGGCUGGUGUCAUGGUCCACUGCCAAGAUGGAUCAUCCUACCACGGAGAUAUAGUAAUCGGAUGUGAUGGCAUCAACAGCAAAGCCUCAACGAGAGCUGAGAUGUUCCGCCUUGCGAGUGAGGCGGAUCCCCAUUACCUAUCAGCGGCAGAUCGCACAGAGAUGUGCGCGGAUUAUAAAUGUCUCUUUGGCAUAUCCAACCCAAUGGAAGGUUUUGAGGAUGGAGAUGUCGAUACGACCAUCGACAAGGGCCGAUCUCUACUGGCUAUGACAGGGAAGAACGGACGUGUCUUCUGGUCAUUCCAUGAAGAGCUCGACAAGAGAUAUUAUUACGGUGCUGCAGAUUACCCGAGGUACUCCACAGCAGAUGCAGAAGAGCUCGCAUUGGCGAAUGCUUCGCAACAUUGCAACGAGCGACUGACGUUAGGAGACCUUUGGGAAAACAGAAUCUGCUCUACCCUUGUUCCUCUCGAAGAAGGGCUCUUCGACAAAUGGAGCUGGGGGCGCAUAGCUUUGCUUGGUGACAACACUCACAAGAUGACACCGAAUUAUGGACAAGGUGGAAGUACCGCUGUUGAAUCGGCCGCUGCAUUGGCCAACGAGCUCAAGACGCUACAAAACAGCAGCGUUGUCAAUGGAAAGACCAUCGCGGUUGCAUUUGCGGAAUGGCAAAAGAAGCGCAAGACUCGAGUUGAGGCAACAACCAGGGAGGCAGCAGCAGUCUGUCGGAUGCAAGCAUUGAACAGCAUCAAGGCCUACAUACUCGCAUUUUAUGUGAUGCCAAACGCCACAGAGCUGCUGCUCAACCUAGUUACCGGGUCCCUCAUAGGCUCGGAGAUCCUUGAAUAUCUUCCAGUACCCAGUCGAUCUUUUGAGGGCUCGUGUCCCUUUAACCCAAAGCAAGGGGUUGGCCACCAAGAGAGCACACUCAAACGAGCUGCAACCGCAGUUCCUUUGCUGCUCAUCUCUCUCUGGAUCAGAAGCCAACAACCUACCGAGCCAGUAUUUCAAUCAUUGUCAUUCCCAUCAAUACUCCAACUGACAGAGGGGGUACUGAUUUAUGCAAUUUGGCUCAUCGAGGCAAACCGACGAGGCAAUGCAUUCAACAUCGCCAAGUUCCCUUUCAUGUGGGCUGUUCUGAGCGUUAGAUUCGGCACAGGUAUCGUCGCUCCUUGUUAUUUCUUCUGCCACUAUGUUUGCUCCACCGUCGAAAAGUUUGCCGCUUUGGACAUGAGACUUACGGAGAUCGCCUAUACCCAGACUAUCUUGCCCUUGAGCAUUGGGCUUCUCGGAGUGGCAGCAAUGGCUCAAAAUCUUACCUAUAGUCCGACUUCAAGCCUCGGAAACAUCCAGUGGAUUUGGGGUGCAAUCGCCGCUUUGAUCAUGUCAAUUGUACCCUCGUUGUUGAUGAAGAUCGGAGUGACAAAGAGUACCAUGCAUGCAGACUCGAUGGGCAACCAGUUACGGGACCUUCCGUAUACCAGGACGUGCAUUCAUGCACUGACCCUGAUAUGUGGAGUGGCUUGGGUAGCAUGUCUUCCGAGUACGCUCCUCGCCGGGGAAUCAUGGAUCGCCAGAUUCAUCGAUGGCGAUUACACAUCAGCACUCAGAGACAUCAAGCUGGAGGAGACUGGACUGCUUUUAUCCGCUGUAUUUUGGCUGAUGCUGUUGAUUCGCGAUCUGAAGCAAGCCGGCAUGGUAGAGUCGAGUUGGGUUAAGCUCGUCAGCAUGGGAUUGGCACUCGGCGCCGUGGGAGGACCCGCAGUAGUUGUUGGGCUUGGAUUCAUGUGGCGAGAGGAGACUUUGGCGACAAAACGAGAGAAGCAUGCUAUAACCCGAGAGAAGUAUGCAGAGAAGUCGAUGCUCGAGGUGGGACUUGGUCGGGGGGCGUGGAAUGGAAAAGAGGUAAAUCACGUUUCGUAG